UCACAAGUUAUAGAGCCUGGGAAGAUAAUUGGUGGAAUUCGGCGUUUUUCCCUCAAAGCCGAAAUGAGAUGACAAAAACGAGCAAUGACUCUAGAAUCGACAAAGAUUCAGUGCGAGAUGGGAGCUCAUCGAUCGAGUCGGAGAGCGAGGAUGAGUCCAAGAGAGUACUUUUCUCGGAGACAAUCAAUGCCAGGAAUAGGCCCGGCCACCGUCAUGCCAUCGACGAACCCGCGUCACCUCGGAAUGAAUCCUCGGAUAGUUCGUACCUUUGUCGUCUUCACCCAUGCAAUGAUAACGCCCAAGAGGUCAGCUUGUGGUCAGUGGAUCAAGUGGGUGCAUUCGUCCGCUCAUUAUUUGGUGACCAUUCAUUGGUCGAGACUUUCCGGAAAGAGGGAAUCGAUGGUCAAUCGCUUCUGCUCCUCACCGAAGACCAUUUACUGGAUCAUCUAUCCGUGUGCCUGGGUCAUGCCAUUAAGUUGUUAUCAGCCAUUAACAAGCGAUCCCAAUUCUGUCAACAGUGCAAUCAUUGUUUGUCUUGCCAUUCACAUUAAGUUUCAGUCCAUAAAUGCGAGUUCUCAAGUGAGUUCACAUCUUUCUUUGUUACGGUGCUAUACUCAAAACACGAAGCCUAGUUUCAAAAUUGAGGGGCCCUCUCUUGAUUGAACAAGACUUUCAUUUGAUCAGCUCUGGACAGACGGAGCUCGCUUCCAGUCAUUCUAAUGGAGGGCAUUGGCUAAAUGUGCAUGAGGAGGCUUCUUUCAUCUUCAUCCCGUUAUUAUCAUUACUCUCGAGUGUUCUCGCAUUGGUCCGAUAUACAUAGCCUUCGUGGCGUUAUGAACCGUUUUGGGUAACUACCACCUCAUCUCCCUUGUUUCUUCCUUAUGAAGCAUUUACUUGUGGUAGCUGACUGACUGGAUAGCCAGCUAGCUCUAGCUAGCUAGUUGUAAUAGUUGGUUCUGGUGAGGGCCUCAAAUGACGAUGUGAGUGGAAUAACCAUCUCAAAGAGAAAAUUAUUCGAGCUCGCGCUCAAUCGCCCCCAGAAGGGUUGCGGUGGAAAAAUGUUCUCCUCGAUAUGAAAGGAAGGGAUGCUGUGUUUUACGGGAGGCUCUAGCAAUUCAGUGAGCGAGUGAUCUCUUGACCCAUCUCCAAGAACCGUGAGCAUCGGCAUAAAGCGCCCGAAGGGCACGUGCCUGCCAGCUCCCAACAACUCCACGAACAUUCUACACUUGUGCAAGACGUUGAAAAUGAUUCCGGCCUUCCACCAAACUACUUCUAGUCAGAGCAGACACAUCACAGUGAACGAUAAACGUUUUUCGCUCUCUCACUCUCUCACUCUCUCGCUCUCCCGGGAAAAUGAUGGGGAACGCGAAGAAGAAGUAGAAGUAGCGAGAA